UUGAUGGUGAUUGUAGAUGUUGGGGUUGAUGGUGGUUCUCGGUUAUAGUGUUGGGUGAAACACAAUGACAGAGAGAGUUGAGAAAAUGUGAAAAAGUUAUAGAUUAUUAUUUAAAUAAAUUUUAUAAUUUUUAUCCUUUAAAAUUACUUUUAAAAAUAUAUAAUUAAAUAAAUUUUAUAAUUUUAAAAUUUUUAAAAACACAUACUUAAAACUCUUCUCAAAUGUCGAUACAAACCAAACAGGCCGUAACUCUCAAACCAGUCGACGCUUCAAAAUCUUCUUCCCCGACCGAGAGUGAAAGAGGAAGGGAUCGAACUCAAUUCGUGGAGCGGAAGCCAAAACCGAGCUAGGGUUUUACAGCUCAAACUCAAACCAAGAAGAGAUGGCGGAUGGAUACUGGAAUGAUCAACCGUCUCUGCAUCCCUCAGCGGGCUUGCUCAAGCGACCUCGUUAUGACUAUGAUCUUCCACAUUCUGGAGUGAAUGACACUAAAACAAUUGGAUCAGCAUAUGACAGUUACCUCCAAAAUGUGCAACUUCCUUCUUUUACUUCUGCUGAAGCUAGUAAUUUUGGCGGAGUCCGGUUAGGAAGCACUGUCGGUGGUGGCAUGCCUGCUCUUUCCAUGGCUGAUCCUGUUGGGCUUGGUCAUCCGAGGGCUAUUUUUUCAGAUGUAGCACCAAAUGGUCGAGGUAUCAGAGUUGGUGGUCAGCUCUCAGUUGAUGCAAUGGCAAGGCCAGGCCGCGAAAGUCUGCCUCUCCCUCCCGAUGCUUCCAGUACUAUAUAUGUUGAGGGACUACCUUCCAACAGCACGACAAGAGAAGUAGCUCAUAUUUUCCGCCCUUUUGUAGGGUAUAGAGAAGUUAGACUUGUGAUCAAGGAAUCCAGACAUCGUGGUGGAGAUCCCCUGAUCCUUUGUUUUGUGGAUUUUGUAAAUCCUGCUUGUGCAGCCACAGCUUUGAGCGCAUUGCAAGGUUAUAAGAUGGAUGAACAUGAUCCUGAUUCUGCAUACUUACGCCUGCAAUUUUCAAAGAACCCAGGUCCAAGGUCUAGCUCUGGAUCUCGUCGGAGGCGUUAAACAGCCUUCAGACAUGACUUGUGGAGUGAUCCUUUUUAGGCUGGUACAUAUCUUAAUGGAAAUUUCUCGUCCAGAAUGUGCUUUUCUAGGAUAUAUUAUACACGCGACAUGCAAUUUUAAAUUACUUAACCAUGUGUGUACACUAAUAUUGGAAAAUUUUGUGUACGCCCAAGUGUUGUGGAUCUAAGGAGACUGUUUUCUGACCCUUUUAGCCAUUAAGAGAAAAAGGCUCUAUUUUGGUUUAGAGUAUUUUUGCCAAUGUACAAUGACUUAGUUUUGGUUAAUCGAUAAUUUUUUGGGAUCAAUUUAAUAUUGUAUUUUGCAAGCACCUUUGAUCCCUUAUGAGAGGAGUUCUUUCACUUCAGUCCCACAAG